AUGAAAGAGAGUAGUAAACAAGAAAUAAAAAACAUAUCUUAACUUAUAAAUAGCUAUACUUUAACUCUUCAUGGCUAUCUAAAUGAGCAAUAUAAUUCUUCUACGCUUUAAGUGAUUUAAAAAACAUAUUUUUAAAGCUUUUGGUUUAUCCUAUUUGCAUAAAUAAUUUUACUAGUUCUUGUGAUUAAUGAUGAUUAUGGAAUGCUAUCAUCAGGACUUUUAAUAUCAUGCAUAGCAAUCUCUUUAAUAGGUUUUAUAGUAAAUAGAAAAUAUCAUGUGAUAAUUCCAUAUUUUAUGCUAUUUUAAAAAGUAUUAUUUGGAGUUUUUAGCUACUUCACAAUUCAAAGUAGCACAAGGUAAAUAGACUAAAUCAAUUAGUAUUCAGAAAAUAAAUAAGCAUAUGAACAGUAGGAUAUAUAAGGUAUAGAUGAUUUUGAUGAUUCUCUAUUAUCAUUUUGUACGAUUUUGUCAUUUUUGUAAUUAAUGAUAUUUAUGAAAAUGCAAAACAACUUUGUGUUGCUAGCAAUAGGAUAUGUUUUUACUUUAUUAAUAGUAAUUCUAUCCAUACAAAAAAAUAUAUAUUAGAAUUUAGUAUUACUUACUACUUCUAUUAUUGUAUUCUUUUUUAUUUAUUCUUAAGAGAAGAAUAAAAGAAUUCAGUUUUUAGAAGGACAUAAAUAGUCCUAAGAUUUACAAGGCUAUAAAAACCUCCUCGACGCUUAAAUACCAACUUCAAUUUUUGUGAUAUCAUAAACACCUGAAAUUAUUGCGCCAGAGAUUGAUAGCAAAAAAACGGAUUCUUGUUCUGUAUAAUAACAGCCUUUUUCUCUAAAAAAUUGUAAAAUUUAAUUUGCAAACAAAGUUUGUCUACAAGAAUUCAAUACAUACAAUAGAGAAGAUUUAAUAAGCGUUUUAGAUAAAAUAUAAAUUAGAAAUAGAUGUUCUAUGGAUUCUUAAUAAAAUGGUUUUGAUUUGGGUACUGGAAAUACUUUGUUAUCAAAUAACUACUCCAAAGAUUAUUUGGAAAAUUGUAAAUUACAUAGUAAUAUGUAACAAAAUAAUUAUAGAAAUCAAAAAAAAGAUGAGGAAAACAAUAUAGAAUUUUUUUAAGCACAUCAAAUCUAGGUCUAAAAUUUGAAUACACCUAAACAAAAUAUUUAAAUAAAAAAUUUCAAUUAAUUGAUUAACUGCAAAUCACAAAAUAAGCUUACAAAUUUAGAAUUUGAAGACUCGACUAACCUUUAAAAUUAAAGUAAGUAACUAAAUUUUUACAAUGGAAAACAAUCCAAAGUUUUGAACUAAAUCAUCUGCUACCCAGAAAAAAAUCCAUUUUUUAAAUUAACUGAUUCUAUAAAGUUGGCUUCUUAAGCUAAUAUAAGAAGUAGGAAUGGAACUUUGAAUGGAGGAGCAAGCGAUUAAUUUAAGCAAUAAAGUGGAAUAAGUGUUUUUUCAUUAAAAGAUGCAAUAGUAAGCAUAUUUUCUACAAAAGAGAGCUAAAAUAAAUUAUAAAACGAUGAUUAGAAUGAGUUUGAAAAUAAAAAGAGAAAUCAGACUAGCUAAUAUAAGCUAAAGCUUGAGAAAUUGUUAAAUGAAACUAGAUAGUAAAAUACUAAGAAAAAUAAAACCAUUAAAUUAAAUAAAGAAAAAAGUGAGCAUCUUGAUAAAUUAGUUGAGUAAAACUAGUAAUUUUUAAGUUUUUAAGCAAAAGAAAUUGUUCAUUUUUAAAGCUGUAAAUAUUAAAAAGAAUAAGAUUUAGUUGGUGAUAAAAAUAAAAUACAAAAAUUAGAUAAUUAAAAAUAUUAUGACAUAAAAUUACUCGAUUGCUAAUGGGAUCACUAAGAUUCAGUUAUGGUAGUCAUGAAUGACAUAUCACCCUAAGUCAUUUUCCAAAGAUAAUAAGAAGUUAAUGAAUACAAAGAAAAAAUUAUAUCUUCAUUUACACAUAAUUUAAAAACACCUUUGAAUGGAAUUUUUACUUUUUUAUAAACAGCAUUGUAGAGAGCUGAAGACUAAGAAGAUAUUAAAAGCAUGAUUAAAUUAUCUUACUUAUUAGGAAAGUAGUAGAUGCUUAUGAUAAAUGAUAUAAUAGAUUAUUCUCAAAUGAUAAAAGGAGAAUUGAGUCUAGACAUGAAGCAAGAUAAAGUGCAAAAUUUAAUUAAUGAAGUUGUAGAAAUAUUUUAAAAUUAAAUAGAAAUGAAGAAAAAUAUAAAAUUUUUGAUAGUUAAUGAAUUAAAUGAAAAUGAGAUAAUGUGUACAGAUCUUUAAAGACUGCAACAAGUUAUUGUAAAUGUUCUACAGAAUGCAAUUAAAUUUACUUUUGAGGGAGAAAUAGUUUUUAAAAUUGAAAAAAGUGAAAGCAAUAUUCUAUCAUUUUAAAUAAGUGAUACAGGACUUGGAAUUGAAAAUUAAUUAUUAACUUAAAUAAAUAAUAUGUAAAGUUUAGAAACAACCAACUAUUCUCAUGGUAUUGGAUUAGGUUUGUCAAUCAGUAAAAUGAUAUUAUAAUAUUUAGGACCUGAAAAAUCUUUUGAAUUAGACUCUAUUGUUGGGGUAGGUACCAAAGUUAAAUUUAAUAUAUACCAAAAUCUUAGCUUAUACUUGAAGCAGAUCUAAUAUGAUAUACUUCCAAUAAAGGAUGAAGAAAGUAGACAUAGUUUUUCUAACAAUAAAGUUUAAUGCAUAAAUUUAGAAAAGAUUACAACCCUUUCAAAAGAACCAUCUGAUACAUCUGAAUAGUGCAAGGUUACACUUCCCAAUAGUAAUAUAAUAAAAAAUGAAAAACUGCACUUAGACCAGCUAAAAAAUACAACUUUAGAGUGCUUUUUAGAAAAUAAAAACAUCAUAAUAGUUGAUGACACUCCAUUUAAUAUAAAAGUAUUAAAGUGCAUAUUUAAAGACAUUCCUAAUCUAACUAUUUAAGAGGCUUUUAACGGAUAAGAGUGUAUAGAUAUAUUACUUAAAAAUAAAUAAAUGUAGUAUGAUCUCAUAUUUAUGGAUGUUAAUAUGCCUGUAUUAGAUGGACUAUCUGCUACCUAAAUUAUUAACGAUUUAAUAUCGUAAAAUGAAAUUUUAAAUGUACCUGUAAUAAUUGUUACAGCGUACGAUUUACCUAUUGACAAAGAACUACAGGUAGGGGCAAAAGCCCAUAUUUCUAAACCAAUUUAAAAAAGAAAUUUAAUAGAAGCACUGAAUAAAGUAUUCACUUAGGAAGAAUGA